AGGAGGAGCCGCCGCCGCGCCAGAAGCAGCCAGGGGAGCCGAGGAGGGCGCCCCAGGCGGCUGCCCCCUCCCUCUUCUGAGAUGUCAGGAAGGAGGGGGCCACCUGUGUCCUCCACAGGGGCCCCACAGAGCCUGGGGGCCACCAGCCCUGGAGCUAGGAGGCGGAGAAGGCGCUGACAGGUGCUCAAGAGAUGCUCCCCCACCUACCUUACUCCCUCCCCAUCCUCCUCCUCUUCCUCCUCCCCAGUGUCCCAAUGGAGCCCAAUCCCCCACCCUCAACACUGCCCCCAUUUCUGGCCCCUGAGUGGGACCUGUUGUCUCCCAGAGUAGCUCUGUCUAGGGGUGCCCCUGCUGGCCCCCCUCUGCUCUUCCUGCUGGAGACUGGGGCCUUUGGGGAGCCAGCGGGUGCCCCAGCAAACCGCAGUCGGCGUGGGGUGAGCGAGACAGCACCAGCAAGUCGCCGGGGUGAACUGGCUGUUUGUGAUGCAGUGAGCGGCUGGGUGACCGACCGUCGGACAGCUGUGGACUUGCGUGGGCGUGAGGUGGAGGUGCUGGGUGAGGUGCCUGCUGCUGGUGGCAGCCCUCUCCGUCAGUACUUCUUUGAGACCCGCUGUAAGGUCGAUAGCGCUGGGGAAGGUGUCCCUGGUGCUGGUGGAGGUGGCUGCCGGGGAGUGGACCGGAGGCACUGGGUGUCCGAAUGCAAGGCCAAACAAUCCUAUGUGCGGGCAUUGACUGCUGAUGCCCAGGGCCGUGUGGGCUGGCGAUGGAUUCGAAUUGACACUGCCUGUGUGUGCACUCUCCUCAGUCGGACUGGCCGGGCCUGAGGCCCAUGCCUACAAACUGAUCCUGCAGAGAAAAGAAGAAAGCUGUAUGCUCAGAGACCUCAGGACUGGCCUGGAUAUUUUAAGACUUUCUGUUUGGGAACUUCAAUGAUCACAGAGUCAAGUCUCUCUGAUUUUGAGAGUUCAGUAUGUGCGGGAUGUGUGAUGAAACUAAAUGGGGUUUCAAAGGAUGAAUAGGAGUUCUCCUGGAGGAACUUGAGGGUCAUAAUAAUAAUGAUAAUAAUAAUAAUAAUAAUAAUAGUGAACAUUUACUGAUUGCUGUAUAUCAGCGCUGAUACAUUACUCCCCUGAUCAACUCUUGUGGAUUUGACAGUCAGAAACCUGGCCCACCCUGGAGAGAGGGACAAGAUGAUGACAGGUCAAGAAGUGGAUAGGAGUACUUUGAAAAUAUGGUCCACAGAAGGCUUUUAAGUAUCUAGGAGCAGGGAUUAAAUGAGAAAUUCUACUUGGAUAGACAAGCCUUGGAAUACAGUAUGGAUCAAGCGAUCAGGAUGCUGAAGAGUUCAGCUCCAGAUGGGGAGCUGGAGUCAUGCGACU